UUUGGUGUGAAUGUAAAUGACUAGCGCUUUCCUGUCGCACGGAAGGCGGCGAGCACCGGAAAUGGCGGAAUACGUUGCACUGAGAGGAGGCGGAGGGGAAGAAGCGGAUCCAGUGGAGGUCAAAGCAAAAGGACGUCGUAUCGCUUCACUCGAUGUUUUUCGCGGCCUGUCUAUUGCUCUUAUGAUCUUUGUCGAUUAUGCUGGUCCUGUUUUUCCUGUUGUUGCUCAUUCUCCAUGGCAUGGUGUACGAUUGGCUGAUUUUGUGACACCAUUUUUUCUGUUUAUUGCUGGGAUAUCUCUUUCACUUGUAUACAAGAAAACAUCAAACAAACUACAGGCAACACAGCAAGCAACGCUGAGGGCACUAAAGCUUUUUCUUCUUGGUGUCCUUCUGCAGGGCGGCUACUUUCAUGGAGUAAAUUCCUUAUCAUUUGGUAUUGAUAUUGAAAAGAUCCGUUGGUCUGGCAUUUUACAGCUGCCUCUCCUCCAUUGCAUUCUGCUCAAUGAAAGACACUACCCAACUCGUCUGACAAACUGGAAGCAUGUGUCCAAAACCAUGACACUUGAAGCAUUUCUGGCUGGGACUGUCUUAAACAUGCUAUUCUUCCCAGGCUUCUUCUCACUCAGAGUGGAGCUGUCCUGCCCCUUACUAGCUCUUCCACUCCUUGAGGCGUGCUCUUCCAGAGAUCUCCCAUUGUUGGUGGUUGGCUGUCUGAUUGGCUUCCAGAGAUCUCCCAUUGUUGGUGGUUGCUCGCUUUGCUUCUAUUGUUUCUCCACUUUUAGUGCUAAGGUCUGCAUGUUCCUCAGUGUCUAA